AAGUUGGAAAGUGGAAACCUUUCACACUCUCGUUAGUCAAGUACAACAAUUAUUAUUUUUUAAUUGCUUUCGUUUCCAAAUAAUUAAUGCAGCAUAACAUAACCAUUAACCGCUUUCCCUUUUGGCAGCACUUGAGAAUUGAGAACUCCACGAGAUCCUUUCUUUUCCUCAGCCAAAACACAAAACCAAAACAGAAACCUUUUGAUAUAAAUUAUACUUCUUAUUGUGGUUCUCUUCCCUUUCUGUUAUUCACUUCCUUUUAGACACCACACUAAUCCAGAUUAGACAUUGUACAAAUGGGUUCUCUGUUGUUCUUGCUUUUGGUUAUUGUUCUUCCAUUGUGUUAUUGUGUUGAUGCUGCUUGCUCUAAUGGAAACUGCAAGGUAAAUGAUGAGUGCUCGUCUAAUGGUGAUUGUGGAGCCGGUCUCUAUUGCUUCUCAUGCCCACUUGGAUAUUUAGGCUCUAGGUGUGUGAGAUCUUCCAUCACAGAUCAAUUCAAGCUCACAAAUAACUCUCUACCAUUCAACAAAUAUGCAUUUUUGACAACGCACAAUGCGUUUGCCAUUGAUGGAGAGCCAUCACACACAGGAGUGCCUCGAGCUACCAUCACUAACCAAGCAGACAGUGUAACAGAGCAGCUCAAAAAUGGAGUUAGGGCACUAAUGCUAGAUACAUAUGAUUUUCGUGGAGACGUGUGGUUAUGUCAUUCAUUUCAAGGCCAGUGCUAUGACUUCACAGCUUUUGAACCCGCUAUAGAUACACUGAAGGAAAUUGAAGCUUUUCUAUCAGCCAACCCAGCAGAAAUUGUCACACUCAUAUUGGAAGAUUAUGUUAAAACACCAAAAGGAUUGACGAAAGUCUUCGCCAAAGCUGGUUUGAUGAAGUUUUGGUUUCCUGUGACUCGAAUGCCAAAAAGAGGAGGAGAUUGGCCUCUAGUGAGUGAUAUGAUUGCUAAAAAUCAAAGAUUACUAGUGUUCACUUCGGUCAGGUCUAAGGAACAAAGUGAAGGCAUUGCAUACCAGUGGAAUUACAUGGUUGAAAAUCAGUAUGGGGAUGGAGGAAGGAAAGCAGGAAGUUGUCCACACAGAGCAGAAUCUUCUCCUCUUGAUGACAAGAGCAAGUCCUUAGUGUUGGUAAACUAUUUCCGCUCUACGCCAUUUAAGCCUAUUGCAUGUGAAGAUAACUCUGGAGGACUCAUUGACAUGCUACAAACCUGUCAUGGUGCUGCUGCCAACAGGUGGGCUAAUUAUCUUGCUGUUGAUUAUUACAAGAGGAGUGAAGGAGGAGGUUCGUUUCAAGCCGUGGACACUCUGAAUGGGAAGCUCUUGUGUGGUUGUAAUGAUGUGCAUGCGUGUGUGCCUGGAUCUACUUCACAAGCUUGCUCAGCAUAGAAAGCAUAGCAACGAGCUUCUUGAAAUGUUUCAUCCCACGCUUCCUGGUUCUGAAUACCAUAUUUUAUGCAGCCACAGGGUUACCAAAUGUAUUUGAUUGACAACUAUGAAUGCGUUGGUUAUAGUUAAUAGAACAUGUUUAAAUUUGUAAGCGAAAAUCAUAGGAAACCUUCGGUGUUUCAAUAUGAAGAUGCUUCUUUUGGGCAGAUUACAACCAAAUUAGGUGCUAUGUGACUCCCUAUAAAUUUGUUUAGCAAUUUAGAACGAAGCUGCUUUUGUUAGCAGUUCCAAAAUUUGUAUUUGUGGUCAUUACAUGGAAAAACUGUUGAGUCGUGUUUUGCAUGAAAGCUUUAAUACGCUUUUCAAAAAAA